UUCCCACAAUUCCACUUGCUGAUUUCCCCUGUCAAUCGGCUUUCGUUGGGGCGAAGCGACUCGGCAAUCGGCUGUGCUUCUUCUCGCUGUAGCGCAGGAUGUCUCACUGGUCUGCGCCAGGCGCUGACAAAAAUAGCCGCAGGAGGAAGAGACCAUCUGAACACCCUCAAAGUGAGCUGCAAAUUAAGUUAACUGGCAACGGCUCUCCACAGGAACAAGAACAGGAUGACCAGGCAGCCGACGAUGAUGGACAGCUCCACGAGUGCCCUGUCAAAGGUCCACAACAUCAAACAGCACAGUGUUGCUCUUCAGCCACACACCAGCUGAUAUGUCCUACCCAGUACACGACAAAAUACCUGUCAGCACAUGCGGAUCCAAGCCAUCAUGCUUAUGAAGAUAGCUGGGAAGAGAUCCAAAGCAUAAGAACCAUCAGAGCCGAGAACAAAGUGGAAGCCAACAAGCUGGUCAACAACUACAGGUUUGGCUUUAGAAAAUGGAAGAGCCACGUGACCGAGCGUCCCUUUGAAGACAGGUCCGAAGUGGUGAAAGAGCUCUACUCAGAACUGAACGUCAUUAAGCCACAUACUGCUGGUGCAGGCCAUCUCCUCACAUGUGGAAAUGUGACUUACGUGUUUCUAUUUGGUUGGUGGCUCUCCAUGAUGUACCUGCUAGUGGGCGUACUAAUGUUCCUCACUGUCAUCGGUGCACCCUAUGGUAAAACCCCCCAGCUACACCAUCAGCGCCUCCAGCAGAAGUCUCCGAGUGAACCUAAAGCCUCUACGAGUCAAAUUAGACAUACAUUUCUCAGAUGUUGUGACCAAAUGCCUGACUGUGAGUGCAAUGUGGAGUGGAUGGAGGACAGCUCGCCGGUGCUGCUGCCGUCACCCACCGAGAGUCCAGUCCCGGAGGAGCCGUCAGAGCGACCAGCGCACUCAGGCUACUGGUGUCGAUUCUCCACUUAUGUGUGGCUCUUGCUGGGAUAUCCUCCUCUGGUGAUUAUCCACUCUCUGGUCUGCCUCUUUUCCUGGAUCCUGGUCUUCACCAUCCCCGUAGCCAAGAUGAACGCACGCACUUUAGGUGUCAUCCUUCUCUUGCCACCAGAGGAUGUGUCCGUGUCAGCCAGCUCGCAGAGGAAGUGUCAAGGCUACGAGAGCCGGACGCUGCUGUGCUGCUACCAUGCAGCAAACUGGUACUACUACAAGUACACUGUUGAUGGCAUCAAUGUAUUUGCUGUCAACCUCCUCCCUCUCGUCAUAAUUGCGCUGAUAAUCGGGUACAUUGACAGCGAUAACCAGUACGCCAGCUCUGACGUGAAGUUCGGCAUAGCAAUUGUCUCCAUCAUACCUCUGUCACACUACAUCGGCAUGGGCAUCGCCAGCAUCUCGGCCCAGAGUAACUUUGCCGUGGGUGCCGUCGUCAACGCCACCUUUGGCUCAGUCACCGAGUUGACUUUUUACAUUACGGCUCUGCUGAGGGGUCACCGUGCAGCCAACCCGUGCCUGCAGGAGGUUGUGAAGGCGGCGCUGACCGGCACGCUUCUCGGGUGCAUCCUCUUCAUCCCUGGCAUCUGUAUGAUAAUUGGAGGGUUGAGACAUUGCGAGCAAAGAUUUAACAGCCGCUGCACAGGAGUGAGCUCUGCGCUGCUCUUCAUCUCUGUUGGAGGAGUCUUCGCCCCCACGUUGUUCUCCAAGGCGUAUGGGAACUUUGUGUGCGAUGCCUGCACCAACUCCACGUCAGCAAACACCACAAGCAACAGCAGUGGCCCGUUUGUCUGCCACAACUGUCACUAUGAUGUGAAAAAUGGCACGCUGUUCCAUCACCAUGUUGAGCCUCUGGUCUACACUGUUUCUGCCCUCUUGCCUGUGGCUUACAUCAUUGGACUGAUAUUCACGCUCAAGACACACUCCCACAUCUAUGACAUCCACGUUGGAAACGGACAAGAGAGCAGCCAAAACCAGCACGGUGGUGCUGUGGUUCACUGGUCCCGAUGGAGGUCUCUGUUCAUCCUCAUCAUGGCCACCGUCCUCACGUCUGCCUGUGCCGACCUCGCCACCGAGCACAUACAGCCCAUCCUCAACCAGCCCAAUGUCUCCCAGUAUUUUAUUGGGGUAACAAUUCUCGCCAUGGUUCCCGAGAUCCCUGAGAUUGUCAACGGGAUCCAGUUUGCGCUUCAAAACAACAUAAGUCUCAGUUUAGAGGUGGGCAGUUGCAUUGCUGUGCAGGUCUGCAUGCUCCAGAUUCCAAUCCUGGUCUUGUUCAACGCCUUCUAUGAUGUGGGCUUUGUGCUCUUGUUCAGCGACCUGCACCUUUGGACCAGUAUCUUCAGUGUCAUUCUGGUAAACUACAUUUUCAUGGAUGGCAAGUCUGAUUAUUUCCAAGGUACAGCUCUGGUGGUUGUCUACCUAAUCCUAUUGGCUCUCUAUUACUUCGCUCCAUCACCAGCAGGCUGCUGACUCGGAGGACUGACAGUAUGUUGUUUAAAGCAACUCUACAUCGACACUACUCCGAAAAGUUAGGGAUAGAUGAACCUAAAAUGCAUGAUGACUAUAGAUUAAUGUUACCUUCUAUAAACAUUUAAAUUCACGUCCAGCUGUUUAAUAUUUCAAUGCUUUUUGCAUGACUCUCUAUUCUCUCACGGUAAAAUUCACAACAGUCAAGUUUAUUUGUAUAGCCCUUAAUCACAAAAGAGUCUCAAAGGGCUUCACAGGCCCACAGUUGGAAAUGAUUGACGACAUCCCCUAAUCUAAACCCCCUAAAGAAAAACUAAAAACCCCAUUUGGGAGGAAAAAAAAAGCUUGACUAGGGACCGCAGAUGGGGGUGAGGUGGAAGAGAAUCCCCCUUCCAUGAUGACCAGCUGCAAUGGAUGUCGAGUGGGCAACGGCGGUGGAGGGUGGGAGGCACCCUCACUGAGGACAGCCAAUUGUGAGUGUAGAGAGUUUAUGGUGUACGCUGAUUGGCCAUCCUAAUAAGUUAAGUGGACCCAUCAGCGAACCCAGAGUAUUGCUUUCCAAACAAACAAACAAACAUACAAACAACCAACCAUCCACACUGACAUUCACACCUACGGGCAAUUUAGAGUCUCCAAUUAAUGGAUGUUUUUGGGAUGUGGGAGGAAACUGGAGUGCCCAGAGAAAACCCACGCAGGCACAGGGAGAACAUGCAAACUCCACACAGACGGGGAUUGAACCCAGGUCCACAGAACUGUGAGGCUGACGCUCUAACCAGUCGUCGACCGUGCCGCCACAUUUUUUAUUAACAGACAAAAAACACGUAAUUGUCGUUAUUGUCAUUGUUCACAUGACGUCCAACGAUUUAGAGAAGGCAUCUUUUUAAAAAUGUAGAAGAUGAAAGGGUCAGAGAAUCUCCUGUGAAUAAGUACUUUUGCCUCUUUUCCCAGAAAAUUUGGAAUUUUCAAUAUCUAGCAGGUUAGGGCUAGGUUAUCCCUGACAUGUCGUCGCCGACGUAAGAAAACACGUCAGGGAUAAAAGGGUUAAAAAAUAUAGAAGAGAAAUAAAUUGAUUUAUAUUGAAGAGGAAGAAAGAGAGAUAAAAGUAGUAAAAGACCACAAAGACACACAAUUGUCAUUUAAACGACUUACUAUUU